CAAAUCCGCGUAGAUGUUAGUAUUUCUCAUAGAUGAGUGUGCAUCGUGAUCAAUAUCAUCUGGUCACUUCAACCCAAAACAUGGAAAAUUCUACCAAAGUGCUGGAAGAUGACGCUCUCCUUGAUCAAUGGAACUCAGAGUUCGUGGACGUGCUGUGGUCCGAUACCCUUCUCCUGGUGAUGUACAUCUUGAUUGGCGUAGUGGGUAACUCACUCGUUGUUAUUGUGUACACUCUACGUUUCCGGGACAAAAGCGAAGAUCGAUUCUUUAUUCCAUACCUUGCUGUUAUUGACCUGAUAGCAUGUUUGGUGUGCUCGUCUUUCGGUAUUAUUGUAAACAAGUAUGCUGUAACGUUUACCAACGACCCGGCGUGUAAGGCGUUCUGUUUGCUGAGUUUAAUAGUAACAGGAUGUUCGGCACUCAUAUUGCUAGUAAUAGCGGUUCAUCGAUAUCAGAAAAUAUGUCGACCAUUUUCAGCGCAGAUGUCCCUCCGAAGAAAGAAACUGAAUUUAAUCGGCUGCAUAUCUGUAUCACUUCUUGUGUCACUUCCAUCGCUGGCUUUCUAUGGGACAUCCCCUGUUAUACACCCAGAAUACAACAUCACAGGAACGCGUUGCGCUAACAUUCGUGGACCGUGGACGAAAGGUGUAGCUAUAGCCUACAAGGCUGUGAUACUGCUCAUGUGCCUGGGUGUACUGAUAAGUUUGAUAGUGAUUUACUGUUUGAUAGGAAAGGCCGUCUUUAAAAGGAUUACAUUGAAUAAAAACAGACACAUCCAUACAUCAGAUCCAACCGCAAUGUCCUCCGCGACAUCAUCAGAUACUGUAACAACCAUCGUGGAAUCUGUCUCUGAAGAUGGGCGAAAACUCGCUCGAAAGUCAAUUCCAAAUACAAAUAGGAAGAACAUCUCUGGAUAUCGACUGUCGGUGAUGUUUAUGAUUAUCACCGCAGUUUUUGUUCUCUGCUACAUUCCUAAGAUAGCCAUGAUGAUGUUUGAGUCUAAAAUUGAGCGGUUCUGGUUGACUCUGGAUAUCUCCAGUUAUGGCGCAUAUCGGUUUUUAUAUACUAUGUAUAUAAUAAAUAGCAUCGUGAAUCCUGUCAUAUAUGGAUUCUUUGAUAGAAAAUUCCGACAGGAACUGUUAUCACUCUGUUGCUGUUUUAAAGUAUCAUAAUGUUUAAUGAAGUUGAAAUGGAUGGAUGGGAGUAAAAAGAAAAGAUUUAUUUUAUAUACUUUUUGAUGGCUGUUGUUGUAUACUAUUGCGUUCGUUAUGUUGACUAGUGUGUAUACUGUUUAUAUGUUUAAUAUUUAUAUCAUUCUUCAUCUAUUCAUCAGUCUUUUGAUUCGUAUAUAUUUGCAAACAUUAUUGCUAUUUGUUUAUUUCUGUACUUGAUUUUUGUCCGGAUUUCAAACAUUUUCCAAAUAAAUAACAUGUUCUACAUGCAUUACAACUUUAAAAUAUCAAUGGUGUGAUUUGUUAUCACAUAGUGUAUAAUCAUAUUAAUACGUAUACAAAUGACAUUUUACAAAAAAAGAAAUUAUCGAAUUUGAAACACAAGAUUAACAAUACCAAUCAGCAGGUGUAGCAUAUUACAACAUUCGACAUUCCAUAGACAUCGCAUUCAUCAUUUGGUAAAUAAAAAAUAAUAAUUGUACUUUUAAGGUGGUCAUCAUACAUUUUUGUUCGUAUUUUGCCGAGGCUUGGUCAAUUUUGAGGAAGAAUUAUGAUACCUUUAUUGUUUCGAUGCUCCCUGUUGUGAUUAUAAAUAGAGCAAUGCUGUUGUUUUGUUUAUUUAAAAAAAAAUGAAACAAAGAUCAUGAUUCACUUAUGAUUCUAAUUGUGCCAAACAGGUUUUUCUUAUCUUUAAGACAUCACAUCUCAGAUGUCAAGUUGCAUUGUAAGAUAAUUACAAAUCAAAACAAUUUGCUCCUGGUCUGUAUAUAUACAGAUUAAGAUAUGAAUUUCCUGUCGUAGUUGUACUGUGAUGAAUAUUUAUAAUAUGUGUACAAUUCGCAUCCAUGUAUGUAAAUACAUUGCAAUCCAGGUAUUCAUAUCAUCUUAUAGACGACUUCCGCAAUGAUCAUGUCAGGAUAUCGGGCCGACAAUCUCUGCGCCAUAGAAACGUUUUUUUUUAAAGAACGCCGAUGUGGCGCAUCGGUAAAAGCUGCGGGUAUUUCUGGCUAGGCGAGUGGGUGCCGUAGAUCAAGAGUUCGCACGAUCUACCGCACCAAAUCGCAUAGCAAGAAACACCUGCAGCUUAUACCGCUUCGCAACAACCUCGUUAGAGGAGCGCAUUUGUAAAGGUGCGGGUAUUUCUGAUUUGGUGCCGUAGAUCGUGAGUUCGAGGCCCGGUCAGGGCACGAGUCAUAAAGUUGUCCUCCUUGUUAGUUGUGCUACUAUGUUGUAUAUCUGAUUAUCAGCACAUUGCAUCAUAUUCAUAUGUGUUCGUGAUCCGAAGUUGGUGACUAUUGUAUAAAAUAUCAAACUGC